AUGACAGGUCAUAGAAAUUGGGCAAGUGGGAACGACGACAAUGGCCACAAUGCCAAACAGAGUACAUAUCUCCGCCGAGACUUGGAGGAAGGGAAACCAUCAGAAGAUAGGAAAUACAGAUUUCGGGAUCACGGACCUUUAGAACCAGAUGAUCGAAGACGUAUGGAAUUCAAGAAGAAAUUAUUAGACGGUGUGGAAAGUUCGAGUUUAGAAGGGUUUCGCAAAAAGGAUAAUGAGGCAUAUUGUCUUCGCCUUUUAAAGGAAAUGCCCAAAAGCGUUCGCAUUUUCUAUGAAGACCAAAAUAACCGCCUUGACGAUUGGCUCGAAGUAAAUGCUAUCGUCCAAGCUCUUGCAGACGAUAUCCUUGAAUCCUUCGAUCCUCGAGAUGACAAUGGAGAUGGAGUAGCAGAAGGAGGUGGAGCUUUACAAGAUACCCAAGGAUUUGUCGAGCCUUUCUUACCCGAUGCAGAACAAGAAAAACGUCAAAAGGCUCGCAAGAAGGCAAAAUGGGCCAUCAAUAUAAACGUUUUCGCCAACAUCAUUCUACUGACCGCCAAAUGUGUUGCAGCAUUCUAUUCCUCAUCGCUCUCUCUCAUUGCCUCUCUCGUCGAUUCAGCACUCGAUCUCCUAUGUACAGUCAUAGUAUUCACGACGAAUCGAUUAGUACAAUGGCGAUUGAUGAGUCUGAAACGAAAAUUUCCCGUGGGAAGAAAAAGAUUGGAACCAAUUGGGAUUCUGGUGUUCUCAAUCAUAAUGAUCGUUUCUUUUAUACAAAUUCUUCAGGAAUCGGCUCAGAAACUCAUGUCCAAGGGUCCACAUGAAGCAAGCGAAUUGCCGGUUAUUGCUAUUGCAUCUAUGGCGGGUACAAUUGGACUGAAGGGUUUCAUUUGGUUUGGAUGCAUCAAAAUUAAAACUACGCAGGUACAGGCUCUUGCUCAAGAUUGCAAAACCGAUGUAAUCUUCAACACCCUCUCCCUAAUCUUCCCCUACAUCGGCCACGCUGCCAACAUCUGGUGGUUAGAUCCCCUGGGCGCCGGUCUCCUCUCCCUCUUCAUCAUCUUCGAUUGGGCCUCAACAUGUCUCGAAAACAUCUUCCGUCUCACCGGUGCAGCAGUCGACGAUCGAUUGCAGCAAAAAAUCACAUUCCUCGCAUGGCGUUUUAGCCCGCUGGUAAAUGGAUAUAAGAGUAUCACGGCAUAUCACGCAGGUGACGGUGUGUGGGUCGAAAUCGAUAUUUUGUUGAGUGAGGGCACGACGUUGGAGGAGGCGCAUGAUGUGGCCGAGACGAUGCAGUAUUGUUGUGAGGGGUUGCCGGAGGUGGAUAGGGCGUUUGUGUUGUGUGAUUAUGCGGUUCAUGGUCCGACGGGGCAUGCGAUGGAGGGUCUUAAUUAG